CACCCACAUCCCCAUCACAUUGAAGCUUUCACCCUUUGCUGCACUCCAGAAUCCUCUAUUUAUUCCCUUUUCUUGGAUCUCGACGUCCUGUUAUGUGUAUGUGUUCCCUGGUGAAUGCUGAUUGCCUGUGCUGACGUCUCAGAGCUGGACCCUGCUGCACAGGGAUGGCAGGAUCAUCUUAAUGUGCUGAGAAGGAAUGCACACAAUCUGCUGCUGCAGUCAUACAGGGAAGCUUGCCUCUACACACUGGAAAUCUAAUUCUUACUUCCUCUCCAGACUUUUGGCUAUAGACUAUUAUUUCUGCACUGCUUGCAGCUACCGCACAUUAACAAUGCAACGCAGACCUGCAUGAUCCCAAUGCAGAGAUGAAGUUUCAUAGCUGACUCUAUUUGGCUUACAAAAGAGGAAACAAAAUAGCAUAUUGCACCCUAAUAAUGUUCAUGCCCCCCUUUUCCAUCACAUCAGCGACAACAGGGAUUCAUUAUUUCCCAAGCCGUGCCAGUCUCUGCCCUACCUUAGAAUGGUUUGUGAGUAUUCUUUUCACUGGUAAUUCAAGGAGGAGUGGAACAUUCUAAAACCUGUUUCAUUGGUUUGUGAGUAUUCUUUUCACUGGUAAUUCAAGGAGGAGUGGAUAAUGCUAAAACCUGUUUCAUUGGAUAAGCGAGCCUUACACAGCUGAAGAAAAGAAAUGGAGACAGAAAUAACUCAAAAGGCAGAUGUUAUAUUUCUGACAUUAUCUCCACGUCAAAAAUCUAAAGGACAAACAGCAAAGAAGAACAAUAUUUAGCAAAUCUAACAAGGCAAAUCCAUAAAAAAAAAGAAAGCUUUUCUUCAAAGUGUCAGGCUUUUUAAUUGCUGACAGCUAAAAAAAAAAAAAAAUGAAGUAAUGGCACAAAACCCCAUCACCUAUGCUUUUUGGCAGUCACUCAAGACAUGACUCAAAACACGGAGCAAAUGUGGCAGUUGUGCUCAAUAGUUAUUUAAGUGAGAAAGUAUGUAUAUACUUCACAAAGACUCAGUAUGCUACUAUUGUACUGUUCCCGCUUAUAGCAAAGUAUCCAUAGCAAUCACUGACUUUCUAAAAUCUAUAACUUGCACCACAUAUAUGUCUUAUUGUGUUCUAGUAUUAUAAGCAUAGUCAUUACACUCAAUGGAAAGCUAUUAAAUAGAAGUCAUCAUUUGUAUCAAACAUAUUCUGAAUGUACAAAGUCUCUGAUAUGCAUUUGCCAAUAUAUUUUAGAAGUGAGAAUUCAAAUAUCCAAAGACUUCAAAGGUUAGAAGACAGAAAAAAGAUGUAUCAUUGACUUACAGCCAAAUGGAACAUGGCUCCGAAUGUUGUAGGACAGUCUUUAUUUGCAGUAUUUUUUAUUUUUCUGUCACCUGUCAGUUGUAGCAAUUAUACAGAUGACUGGAUGGCACUUAAAGGAGAUAUCACUCCAUAUAACAGACUAUUUCAUGUUACUACUAGUUUCAAGCAGAAAAGCAAUCCUUCACAUCCAAGACUAUUUUUUGAUGGUGCAGAUGUUCAAGGACUGAGGCAGAAGUCUCACACCACUCAUCUCCAUUUAUUUAGAACGAUUAGAAAUGCAGUUAACAAAAUGCUGGCUAAUCCAUCUUACUUCUUGCCCCCUCUAAAGCACGCUGACUUUGCAGCUAAGUGGAAUGAGAUUUAUGGGAACAAUUUGCCUCCAUUGGCUCUAUAUUGCUUGUUGUUUCCAGAUGAUAAAACUGCAUUCACUUUUGCACUGGAAUAUAUGGACAGAAUGGUAAAUUACGAAGACUGGCUGGUUCAAAACGCACCGGGUGAUGAGGUACCAGUUGCACACUCUUUGACAGGCUUUGCCACAGCUUUUGACUUUUUAUAUCGCUUUCUUGACAGUGAUAGAAGACAAAAGUAUUUGGGGAAAAUUGAAACCAUAAGUGAUGAAAUGUAUGAAUGUUCCAAAGUUCGUUCAUGGGGAAAACAAUUCCUUCACAAUCACCAAACCACAAAUAUGCUUGCACUGCUUACAGGAGCAAUAGUUGUGGAAGAGCACCGAUCAAAACAAGCUAAUAUAUGGAAACAAACUGUUGUAGACGUGAUGGAAAAAACAAUGUUCCUCCUGAAUCAUGUUGUUGAUGGAUCUCUGGAUGAAGGGGUUGCUUAUGGUAGCUAUACUGCGAAAUCAAUUACCCAAUAUGUUUUCUUAGCAAAAAGGCAUUUUGGUAUGAAUCAUUUUGACAACAACUGGCUGAGAAUGCACUAUUGGUUUUAUUAUUCUACCUUGUUGCCUGGUUUUCAGAGAACAGUUGGAAUAGCAGAUUCUAAUUACAAUUGGUUUUACGGACCAGAAAGCCAGUUGGUGUUUCUGGAUUCAUUCAUUUUAAAGAAUGGAGCUGGAAACUGGUUGGCCAGUCAAAUCAGAAAACACAGACCAAAAGAUGGACCAAUGGUACAAUCCACAGCACAAAGGUGGAGCACACUUCACACAGAGUAUUUGUGGUAUAAUCCCGAAUUGACCCCUCAUCCUCCAGUUGAUCAUGGCACACCAAAAAUGCAUGUGUUUCCUAACUGGGGAGUAGUAACAUAUGGCGCUGGCUUGCCCAAUACUCAAAUAAAUACAUUUGUUUCAUUUAAGUCUGGAAAGCUUGGUGGUCGGGCUGUGUAUGACAUUGUUCACUUUCAGCCAUACUCCUGGAUAGAUGGGUGGAGAAGUUUCAAUCCAGGUCAUGAACAUCCUGAUCAAAAUUCUUUCACAUUUGCUCCUAAUGGACAAGUUUUUGUUUCGGAGGCACUCUAUGGACCAAAACUAAGUCAUUUAAACAAUAUCUUAGUUUUUGCUCCUUCUCCAACAAGUCAGUGCAAUAAACCAUGGGAAGGCCAGCUUGGGGAAUGCUCACAGUGGCUAAAAUGGACAGCAAACGGAUCUGGAGAUGCAGCUGGUGAGGUUAUUACAGCAAGUCAACAAGGGGAGACAAUGUUUAUAAGUGGUGAAGCAGUGUCUUCCUACUCAUCUUCCAUGAAACUAAAAAGUGUUUACCGUUGCUUGCUGCUUUUAAAUCACCAGACUCUGCUUGUAGUCGACCACAUUGAAAAGCAUGAAGAUUCUCCUCUGUCCUUAGUCAGUGCCUUUUUUCAUAAUUUAGAUAUCGAUUUUAAGUAUGUUCCAUUUAGGUUUCUUAAUAAAUUUAAUGGUGCUAUGAUGGAUAUAUGGGAUGCACAUUACAAAAUGAUUUGGAUAGACCAAAAUGGUAAUAGUCCUGUAGGUAAUAUCCAAGAAGCUGAGCAAACAGCAGAAUUCAAAAAGCGUUGGACACAAUUUGUAAAUGUCACCUUUCAGCUGAACCAAAAAAUGUCAAGGAUUGCUUACGUAUUUAAUGGACCAUAUGUUAAUGUGUCAGAUCUGAAGUUCCUAGAAAGUAACAACCAUGGUGUCAAAAUAUCUGUUAAAGUUAACAAUACAGAAAAUAUAGUGUCUAUAGUAACAGACUAUAAUGAUCUUCAGGUCAGAUUCAACUUUCUUGGCUUUGGAGGCUAUGCAAAGUUAGAAGACCUGAGCAAAGUAGUUCGAUUUGGCUUGGGCACUGAGCAUAUUAAAAAAGCCACUAAAUUUAUUAGUAUGAAUGCAUUUCACUUUGGGCUAAAAGUCAAUUUGGUAAUAGGAUUAAUAUUGUGUGCAGGCUUGGGAAUUUUAGCAUUUCAUUGGAGAUUCUAUAUUCCUUUUAGUAAGUUAAUGCGCUGGAUCCUAGUAUUGAUUAUAACCCUGUGGGUUUUUGAAUUAGUAGAUGUAUGGACAGCAUGUACCCAACCCAUUUGUACAAAGUGGAGUAGUGAGGGAGCGGACACAGAAAGUAUUAAGAAAAGCGAAGUUCAUUCUGAUCCACCUAUUGUAGUAAUCACAUCUCUGCCAGGUUCGGGAGCAGACAUUUUAAAGCAACUCUUUUACAACACUUCAGAUUUUGUUUAUAUCAAGGUCCCUACAGUUUAUAUUGACAUUCCAGAAGCAGAAUACAAAAUUGAUUCAUUUGUGGAUCCAUGUGAAUGGACGAGCUCUGAUGCUGUGGAUGGACGUUUUCAGCUUAUUCAAGGUUGGCUUCAAUCAUUGCUUCAGAACACAAAACUUCAUUUACAAAAUAUUGAUUUACAAGAACCCAUGAAGCCUAGACUUUUUCACCAUUUAACAGUUAGCAAGGAUAAAAAAAGACGUUAUAGGAGACGAGACCCAUUUUCUGAACAAAGAACUAGAUACAAAGGAUAUUAUGACAGGGACGCUGACUAUGUUAGACAACUUCGCAAUCAUUUAGCACUGUUUCCCAAAGCUCAGCCAGUGCUCGGCUUUAGCAGUGGUAGCUGGACUUUAAAGCUUCCAUUCAUUGAAAAAAUGAUCGGACCUCAGUUAAGAGCAUUAUUUAUUGUACGAGAUCCACGUGCUUGGGUUUAUUCAAUGUUGUAUAAAAGCAGUCCAAGUUUGUUCUCCAUGAGGAAUGUUGAUCAGCGUCUAUCAACAAUGUUCAGAGAUGAAGAAAAGCAGAAAUGUAGGUCAAAUGCCGGCUAUGCUCCGGAAUAUGAUUCAUUAAAAGAAGAGCUUGCUAAUCCUAAAUCACAUGCCCUAACAAAACUUUCCCAUGUAUGGCUUGCCAAUACUGCAGCAGCUAUCAGAAUAAAUAAUGAUUUAGUAUCCAAAAGUUACCUUUUGAUUAAAUUUGAGGACAUUGUAAACUUCCCAGAAGAAACAACUCAGAGAAUAUAUACCUUUUUCGGCAUUCCUCUUUCUCCUGCAAGUUUAAAUCAAAUAAUGUUUGCGAGUAACACUAAUUUAUUUUACCUCCCCCAUGAAGGGGAAAUUUCACAAGCAAAUAUAAACACAUGGAAGUUUAAUAUGCCUAAAGAAGAUAUUGUCCUGAUUGAAGACAUAUGCUGGACACAAAUGGAUAAACUUGGGUAUGCAAGAUUUAGAGACUAACUUGAGACUAAGCCAAAUAUUAUCAUUAUGAGUACUGAUUUUAAGAACAAUAGUCCCUAUAUGCUGCGGGUCAGCAAUCAUUUGCACUAGAUACUGUAUCACAAUAUUCCUUAGGAUCCACAAUCGGAAUAAAUAAAUAUAUUGUUUAUUCUUGUA